CCGAGCCGCAGCCGCAGCCGCCUCCGUCCGCCCCGCGCUCCGCCCGCCGCGAUGCUCGCCCGCGCCCUGCUGCUCUGCGCAGCCCUGGCGCUCUGCCAGGCAGCCAGUCCUUGCUGUUCCAAUCCGUGUCAGAACCGAGGAGAGUGUCUCAGCGUGGGAUUCGACCGCUACCAGUGCGACUGUACCCGGACAGGGUUCUACGGUGAAAACUGCACCACGCCUGAAUUUCUAACAAGAAUAAAAUUACUGCUGAAGCCCACUCCAAACACAGUGCACUACAUACUCACCCACUUCAAGGGAGUCUGGAACAUUGUCAACAACAUUCCCUUCCUGCGAAAUUCAAUCAUGAGAUACGUGCUGACGUCCAGAUCACAUUUGAUUGACAGCCCACCAACUUACAACUCGGAUUAUGGCUACAGAAGCUGGGAAGCCUUCUCUAACCUUUCCUACUACACCCGAGUCCUCCCUCCUGUGGCGGAUGACUGCCCCACUCCCAUGGGUGUGAAAGGGAAGAAGGAGCUUCCUGAUUCAAACAAGGUUCUGGAGAAAGUUCUUCUGAGAAGAAAGUUCAUCCCUGACCCUCAAGGCACGAAUAUGAUGUUUGCCUUCUUCGCCCAGCACUUCACCCAUCAGUUUUUCAAGUCAGAUCCGAAACGCGGACCAGCUUUCACCACAGGACUGGCCCACGGGGUGGACUUAAGUCAUGUUUAUGGUGAAACUCUGGAUAGACAGCAUAAACUGCGCCUUUUCAGGGAUGGAAAAAUGAAAUAUCAGAUAAUUGAUGGAGAGAUGUACCCUCCCACAGUCAAAGAUACCCAGGUACAGAUGAUCUACCCACCCCACACCCCUGAGCACCUGCGCUUCGCCGUGGGCCAGGAGGUCUUCGGCCUAGUGCCCGGUCUGAUGAUGUAUGCCACCAUCUGGCUGCGGGAACACAACAGAGUGUGCGACGUGCUUAAACAGGAGCAUCCGGAGUGGGAUGAUGAGCGUCUGUUCCAGACAAGCAGGCUAAUACUGAUAGGAGAAACAAUUAAGAUUGUGAUUGAAGACUACGUACAGCACUUGAGCGGUUACCACUUCAAACUGAAGUUUGACCCAGAGCUGCUUUUCAACCAACAAUUCCAGUAUCAGAACCGCAUUGCUUCUGAGUUCAACACACUCUACCACUGGCAUCCCCUUCUGCCUGACACCUUUCAAAUCCACGACCAGGAGUACAACUUUCAACAGUUUCUCUACAACAACUCUAUGUUAGUGGAACACGGACUUACCCAGUUUGUUGAAUCAUUCACCAAGCAAAUUGCUGGCAGGGUCGCUGGUGGCAGGAAUGUUCCACUUGCAGUACAAAAGGUGGCAAAGGCUUCCAUUGACCACAGCAGAAACAUGAAAUACCAAUCUCUGAAUGAGUACCGCAAACACUUUUUGUUGAAGCCCUAUGCCUCAUUUGAAGACCUUACAGGAGAGAAGGAAAUGGCUGCAGAGUUGGAAGCCCUCUACGGUGACAUUGAUGCUGUGGAGCUGUAUCCCGCCCUGCUGGUGGAAAAGCCUCGGCCAGACGCUAUCUUCGGUGAGACCAUGGUGGAAAUGGGAGCUCCGUUCUCCUUGAAAGGACUCAUGGGUAAUCCCAUCUGUUCCCCACACUACUGGAAGCCGAGUACUUUUGGAGGAGAAGUAGGUUUUAAGAUCAUCAACACUGCUUCCAUCCAGUCUCUCAUCUGCACUAAUGUGAGGGGUUGUCCUUUCACAUCGUUCAGUAUUCCAGAUCCUGAGCUUGCCAAAACAGUCACCAUUAACGCAAGUGCUUCCCACUCUAGACUGGAGGACCUCAACCCCACAGUACUGCUAAAAGGACAUUCACCGGAGCUAUAGGAGUCUGUCAUGCAUAUUUAUUUAUUUAUAAAAACCAUUUCUUGUAAAUUAUUUAAUAAUAUUUAUAUUAAGUGCCUUGUGUUACUUAACAUCUGUGACAGAAGGUAGUGUGCUUGUUGCAGUGGAACGGGUCAUACUUCUGACAACUCCUUUAAACACUACUUUAGAGGUGUGUUUAUUUCACGUUAAAGGAGAAAGUAGUUUUCAGUCUUUUGUAUAAACCAGUGGGAAAUGAUUUUUGACAUCUUUUUACUUGAAUUUCAAUUUAUAUUGUAAGAAGAAUGAAAGCAAAGAUGUUCGAACACUUCAAUGCUGUUACAUAACAGCAAAAUGCUGCAGAUUUCUACACUGUCUUAUGUCCGAUGCAUUAGAAACAACUAAGGUUGGGGAAUUUUAAUGAAAUUUUGGACAUCUAAUUGUCAAAAAAGUGUACAAGCACAUUUUCAAAUGAAUAUUUAAAGCAUACACUGCCAAUAAUUUUAUAUUUUUUAAAGCAGCCUUGAAAUAAUAAUUUGAAAUUUGCAGAAUAUUUUAUAUAAAGAGAUUCCAGAGUUCAUGUGACUAAUAACAAUUAAAUCUAUAGAAGCAAAAGAUUCUAUAUUUAAAAUAAAAACAAAGAAGAAACCAAAUUGAAAUUCAAAUUUGGGUUUAAGCAUUUGAAGGAGACUCUAUCAUAUUCUUGUGUACUGCAGGCCUGGUCUUGAGCAGAUUUUGCUGUGAAGUUAAUUAAUUGCCAAGUGUGGCUGUGCACACCUGUAAUCCCAGCAUUUGGGAGGCUGAGACAAGAGGAUCACAAUGAGUUCAAGGCCAUCCUGGACUACAUAUGUCAGGGCUGCCUGAACUACACACCAAUAUCCUCUCAAAAAAAAAACAAAGUAAUAAUGAAUUACUGAUGCAUUUGGAUAAUGAUUUUCUGUUAAAUAGUAUGAAUUAGAUGUCUACAUCACAGUGCAAAGAGUAACAAUGACCUCAUGAAAAGUCUCUACAAAAUACUUAAAUCCAUUUUAUACAUUAAUUUUAUCUAAAUAAGCCAAUUUAAUAUUGCAUUUGAAAUCAAACCAGACUAUCUUCAUGCUGCUCCUUUUUUUUUCUUGUAGCCAUUUGGCUAAAAGAAAUCCUCCUGAUCAGUUUAUUCUAUUUUUUUUCCUAAUUUUAAAAUCAG